UUGCGAUGCUGUUACCAUUCACCUAUUUGUAUAGGCUGUUUAUUAGAGUUAAAUACAUGAGAACAAUUUAAUACGAAAACACAGGGACGUGCAUUUAGACCGUGGUGUUUUUUUCCGGAGUAUUUGUUUGACAUAUUUUAUAAAUUGUUAUAAUAAACCCCAAUCAUAUUUUUAUCAAUCACUUACUGUUAGGGGAAAAAUCUGUGUUGCAUGUUGUUUCUGAUUUUGGACUGUAAGGGACGCUGUUGGUCAAUGCAACUUGUUCUCUACAACAUUACCACACAGUCUCCUCCCUUACCACCGUGGCCUAUGAGAGAAAAGGAGGUAGAGUGCACUAUGUGGGCUGAUAUUCGAUGGAAACAGACUCGUCUUAUUUUGAUAUUUCCUGUCAGAUAUAUACAGUAGAUUGGAAAGGCAAUCAUUUUAUUUGGAGGUAUUAUCACCGUUGUCUUUUUCCAGAAUUGUAUCGUGCUCGGAUUGUUGCUUAGCAUAUUUUCUUGUUUUUCUUUCGCUAUGGCAUGUGGAAUACCAUUCUUCUUCCAGUGCGUGAAAUGGCGAUUUUGCUGCGGACAGAAUUGGAAGCUUCUGUUCUUCCUUUUUUAUCUCAACCAUAUGGUCAGCGGACAUAUCAGAUAUUCUAUUCCAGAGGAGAUGAAGAAAGGCUCCCUCAUCGGUAAUGUAGCACAGGACCUUGGUUUGGAUCUGCAAAGACUCCGUUCUGGCCGGGCCCGCAUCGUGACCGGAGAGAGCAUCCAGUACACCGAGCUGAAGGCAGACAAAGGGAUUCUAGUCGUGAAGGAGAGAAUAGACCGAGAGCAGCUUUGCGGAGACGUAACGCCGUGUAGCUUCAGCUUUGAGGUGAUUUUAGAAAACCCAAUGGAGCUACAUCCUGUGAAACUAAUGAUCCAAGACCAGAACGACAACCCUCCUCAGGUCCUGUACCCAGUCCAGACUGGAGGCUCUCUGGUGGCUGAAAUGGUGCCUCGUUCAGCAGAUGUGGGCUAUCUGGUGACUAAAGUGGUGGCUGUUGAUGUGGACUCUGGACAGAAUGCCUGGCUCUCCUAUAAACUGCAGAAAGCCACAGACAGGGCGCUGUUUGAAGUGGGCUUACAGAAUGGAGAAAUAAGAACUAUCCGCCAAGUGACUGAUAAAGAUGCUGUGAAACAAAGACUGAGUGUUAUAGUGGAGGACAACGGGCAGCCCUCUCGUUCAGCUACAGUCAUUGUUAACGUGGCGGUGGCGGACAGCUUCCCUGAAGUGCUGUCUGAGUUCACUGACUUUACACACGACAAGGAGUACAAUGACAACCUGACUUUUUACUUAGUGUUGGCUUUGGCUGUAGUUUCCUUCCUCUUCAUCACGUGUUUAGUGGUUAUUAUCUCAGUCAAAAUCUACAGAUGGAGACAGUCUCGCAUCCUGUAUCACUCCAGCCUGCCUGUGAUUCCAUAUUAUCCACCACGUUACUCAGACACUUUGGGGACAGGGACUCUCCAACACGUGUACAAUUACGAGGUGUGCAGGACGACUGACUCCAGAAAGAGUGACUGUAAGUUCGGCAGAGCCGGUAGUCAGAACGUGCUGAUAAUGGACCCCAGUUCUACAGGGACGAUGCAGCGGAUACAGAGUGAGAAGAGCAUCCUGGAUGAACCAGAUUCUCCUCUAGAGUUCAGGGGCGUUCUUUGUAACGUAACAUUGAUGUAG